UAAUCAGCAGAGUUGAAAAAAUCAAUCAGCUGAUUGUCUAAAAGCAUGCUAUAGGCGAUUGUGUACGCAAAGAAAUUAUAUUUGUGACAACUAAGUAUAUUUAUAUUUCGCACAGUAAAUUGAUGAAUUUAAAGAGUUAUUUACGUUUAUUAAAAAAAAUGACAGUGGGAGGAAAUGGCACAAGUUUGGACUAUCGCAAUAAGGUAAUAAUGGCGCCGAUGGUUCGAGUUGGAACUUUACCAAUGCGUUUGAUGGCUUUGGAAUUCGGUGCAGACAUUGUUUAUACAGAAGAAUUAAUUGAUUUAAAGUUAAUGCGAAGCAAGAGACGUGUAAAUGCUGCAUUGGGCACCAUUGACUUUGUUGACAGAAGUGAUGGAACAAUUGUAUUUCGCACUUGUGCAAAGGAACGACAACAACUUGUGCUGCAGUUGGGAACAAGUGACGCAGAACGCGCAUUAAGCGUAGGCAAACUAGUAGAAAAUGACAUUGCUGGGCUAGACAUAAAUAUGGGAUGCCCCAAAGAAUUCUCCAUAAAAGGAGGAAUGGGUGUAGCACUACUUGCUCAACCAGAUAAGGCGGAGCACAUCCUAACAACACUAUGCAAAAAUUUGAGCAUUCCAGUAACCUGCAAAAUUAGAAUUUUACCAGACCUCAACGAUACGAUCAAAUUGGUGCAGCGUUUUGCAACUACAGGAAUAGCUGCUAUUGCGAUACAUGGGCGUACGCGGGAUGAACGACCACAGCACGCGCCACAUCCAGAUUUUAUACGAGAAAUUGCGAAGGCGGUCAAUAUACCAGUGAUUGCAAAUGGCGGUUCCAAAGAGUUUCAGAAAUAUAAAGACUUAAUAAGAUUUCGCGAUUUGUGCGGUGCUACUAGUGUUAUGGUGGGUAGAGCUGCACAGUUGAAUGUUUCUAUUUUUCGAAAAGAAGGAAUGCUGCCUAUGGAUGAUAUUAUUGUUAAGUAUUUAAAGCUGAGUGUCGACUACGAUAACGCAGCACAUAACACGAAAUAUUGCGUGCAAAACAUAUUAAAAGAGUUGCAAGAAUCACCGCGUGGUAAACAAUUUUUACAAUGUCAGACGCUACAACAAAUGUGUGAAAUCUGGUCGCUGGGCGAUUAUUGUUAUCGCAAACAAUUGGAACUGCAAGAGCGCGGAAACUUUGGCAGACGUGAAGUGGCGCCUGGCAUGAUACCUGAUGAUGACACCAGUGAAGGUCCCGAAAUAAAACGACAAAAAAUGGAUAUACCACCACUAGAGGCUGAUGUUGUGCAACACAAUAUUGCAUUCUUGCGUUCGAAUUACAAUAGCGAUACAGAAUUGCCAAAAACAAAACUCUACACGUAUGCUGGUCGUAACAACAUAAGCAUAGCGCAAUAUGAAACGCAACGCAUUGAUAAACUCUUCCGUGCCAUUUGCACUUUCAACGGCAAACGGUAUACGAGCUCAUUUUGGGAGAAAAAUAAAAAACAGGCCGAACAGGGUGCAGCACUGGUAUGUUUACUUGACAUUGGCGAAGUAACGGAAGAUGAUUUAAUAAAAAAUGGUAGCAUAUUACGGUGAUAUAUUGAUUAUUAUUUAUGUAAAUAUGACUUAUAAAUGUUUUUACUGCAAUGGUGAUAAUGAAACUUAAUAAAAAAAAAAAAAAGAGUUAAGUUUGUAUUAGA